CUAAUUACGCUUUCUAAAAUAAUCAAUUUAACCCCCCUGUUUCUGAUAAAAUAGAUAGGUUGAAAAUAAAUGCUAAAAAAGGAUAGCUAAUCUCUAGCUAUUUAAUGUCUUAAAUAAUAUCUGCAAUCAACCGCAUUGAAAUCAGUUUGUGUUUUGAGAGGGAAGAGAGAAGGUCGCUUGAUAACGAGCAUCGGAUAUUGAAAAGGAAUAUACGUCAUUACGACUUGUUGGUUUUGGGAAACGUUUCAUCUCUAAGAAUAAACAAACAUAUACUUUAUAACGCUAUAACAUACGCCGUUGGCUCCUAAAGAGAAAAUUGUACUUUAUAUAUAAACAUUAACGGUAUACAGAAAAUUUUUAGAGAGCAUGACAGCUGUUCGAAAGAGUACCUACGUGUUCGAAUAUCGAAUAACAUUUCUUGGUGGAGAAAAGGUUGGAAAAUCUUCGCUAAUACAUCAAUUUAUAGAAAAGAACUUUCUACAACGGCAUACUCCAACAGCAGAGGACCAUUUGACUCACGUGAUCGAGCAUAGAGAAAAUAUGUGCGUCUGUCUCUUUGUCGAUACAGCCGGUAGCGAUGAUUUUCCAGCCAUGAGGCAACUUUCAGUAAACAAAGGCAAUGCAUUCAUUGUUGUUUAUUCAAUCGACGAUCGUAAAUCCUUUGUGAGGGCGAAAAAAUUUGUUGAUUGUAUCAUAUCGACGAAAAAAGAGGAGGAAAGAAUAAAAAUUGUACUCGUUGGAAAUAAGAAUGAUUUGGAAAGUAAAAGACAGGUGACGCAUGACGAAGGGCUCCAUUAUGCUGCAAGUUUGUAUCAAGGCAACGUUGUGGCCGACUUUACGGAAUCAAGUGCAAAAGACUAUGAAAGUGUCGCUGAUAUUAUACAUAAACUUCUAACAUUGUUCAUUCCACCUCCACCGCAAGUCGAGGUACCAGUCUUAAAAGAACGAAAAUUCGAAAGAAAAUUGAGUUUGACUAAAUUAAAAGUACUUCAACGAAAAACUUCAAAAGCAUUGAUAGAAAGAAAACUCUCUACAUCACCAACUAAAAAGGAGAGUUUCAGUGACAGUGAAAUAAGUCAGGCGGCGGAGAGUUGCUCUCCAACACCUCAAAGAAUGUUAAUGAAAAAAUUCAGAAAAAGAGCUGACAGCCAACCGGUUGUGAAGACGCCCUUCGCUGACAUAUACGGCCCACCGCCACCACCUCUAUCCACCCCAAGAUUCAUGAGAUCCGUGUCACCAGUAAACUCAAUAUCGGAAAUUGGUACGCCAACCUUAAUAAGUCAUUCAUCAAGCUUGAACAGAUUUAAUUUACAAAAAGCAAGAUCUAUCAGCGUGACGUCAAAUAGUAGCAUCGAUAGCGGCGUUGACGGAGAUUACGGAGACUUUUCACCUCCAUUAUCACCUAGAGUGGACAGUCAAAGAUUAGGCCGUAGGGCUUCUUUACCGGAGAAAUUUCAUACGUUCAGAUCGAGUGUUCGCCGGGCGUCAAUAUCGGAAAAAAUGAAAGGCAUGUUCAAACGAAAGAGUGAAUCAUAAAGAAGGACAACCUAGGAAUCACUCUUCUUAGAGACUGCUGACAAACGAAUGCAAUAAAGCGUUCGUGAUGAAACUUUUUUUUAACAAUUCAAAAACGAAAUAUGUACCAUACAGAGUGUAAAUUAAAAGAAAUAUAAAUAGUAUAUUAUUA